AUGAAGAAAAGCAAGGCCCCGUCCACCAGGAGAGGAGAAAUCCAGAACCUCUUUCAAAGUUAUGCCUCAGGCCAGCCUGUGCUACCAGCCUGCUCCCUACUCAGGUUCCUCCACAAGGAGCAGUUGGAGGCGACUGCAGACGAGGGCACGGCGGAAAGUUUGAUCGAGAGAUAUGAAAUUGAGGAGACAGCCAUAGAAAGUCAGUCCAUGACGUUUGAAGGCUUCCUCCGCUACAUGGAAUCCAAAGACUGCAGUCUGUUUGACCAGGCCCACACAUCAGUGUACCAAGACAUGGACCAGCCGCUCACCAGUUACUUCAUCUCCUCCUCGCACAACACCUACCUGACAGGAGAUCAACUCGUAGGCAAAAGCCACUUGGAUGCUUAUAUCUGUGCUCUGAGGAAAGGCUGUCGAUGUCUGGAAAUAGACUGCUGGGAUGGACCAGGUAUGGAGCCUAUCGUCUACCAUGGUUACACUCUGACAACCAAGAUACUCUUCAAGGACGUCAUCACCACAGUGGAGCAGCACGCCUUUGAGGUGUCCGUUUACCCGGUGAUCCUGUCAUUGGAGAACCAUUGUUCUAAGGAGCAGCAGGAGGUCAUGGCCCUCUACCUCACCUCUAUACUGGGGGACAAGCUACUUAAUGUUCGAUUGGAUCACCCCACCACUGGAGACCUCCCAAGUCCAAAUGACCUAAAGUAUAAGAUCCUCAUCAAGAACAAAAAGCUAAAACCUCGUGCUAAGAUAGAGGCAAGGACAGAGGCAGACGAGAGUGGAGAUGAGGGCGAGGAGGAGGAGGAGCAGGAGGAGGAGGAGGAGGAAGAGGACGAUCAACCGAGCAAAGCGAGGUUUUGGUCUCCCAGAAAGACGGCGUCCAAGAAGAAAGUGAACGCUCUGUCCGACCUUGUCAUAUACACCGUGUCUGUCAAGUUCAUCAGCUUCAGUCAUUCCAAAGACAGCCAGAACUCCUGUGAGAACACAUCUAUGGCAGAGAAAAAAGCCCGCAAGUUGGCCAAAGUUUCAGGCAAGGAUUUUGUUCAACACAAUCAGAAGUUCCUCAGCAGGAUUUAUCCAGCAGGCUCUAGGACGUCUUCCUCUAACUAUAACCCUCAGGAGUUUUGGAACGUCGGCUCGCAGCUCGUGGCACUCAAUUUCCAGUCCCUGGGAUUGCCAAUGGACCUUAAUGAUGGCCGUUUCCAGGACAAUGGGGGCUGUGGUUACAUCUUAAAGCCUGCGGUUCUCACAUCCAGUGACAAGAGCUUUGAUCCUGGCUGCAGCCAACGCGGCGUGCAACCGACACACCUGCUGCUCAAGGUGAUCAGUGGCUCCAACCUACCACUUCCCAGGAGUGGUAAGGCUCUGGACCCUUUCGUCAGAGUGGAGAUCCAUGGGAUUGCGUCGGACUGCAACAGAAAAACCACACACACAGUCAAAAACAACUCUCUGAAUCCUUACUGGGACGCCGACAUGAACUUCCGCAUCAGCAUUCCCGACCUGUGCCUGGUCCGCUUCUGUGUCCGCGACCAGACCGGUUUCCUGUCCAGUGACUUUGUUGGCCAGUACACGCUGCCCUUCCACAGCCUGAAGAAAGGCUAUCGGUGGGUACCUCUCCGGUCCCAAGACGGAUGCAGCCUGGAUCCAGCCUCUCUUUUUGUUUUUGUCUGGUAUUCCUAA